CUCUAGAGAUGACCAUAGUAAACAUUCUGAGUGAGGAGAUUCUUAAGUCUCCAGUUGAUGCUCCUAUUGAGAUUCUCCAGCGGCCUGUUUCCACAUUGGAUCGUUGUGCCUCACGCACAUGCUCUUUGCCUGUUUAAACUGUUGAACUUAUGCCGUUGCGUUGUAGUGGGUUUUCCUUGAAAUGCUUACAGGCAUUAUUUUCCCUGAGCAUCUUCAAUGAUGAACCGGAGACGGAUAAUUGGAGUUCUACAAGAUCUGAGGUCAGCAAAAUUGCAAUCAUGGUACUAAUGACUAGAUGCGAAUGCAUCUUGAAUAGAUUUUUAGUCGACGAAAAUGAUCUAGGUGAUCGUCCGCUACCGACAGCAAGACUCACGGAAGUAAGUUUUGUCCUCCAUGAACUGGCUCACAUGGUGAUUCAUGCAGACACUGCGUCUAUUAUUCCUAUAUGCCCGCAUCUGAAAACUGGCCUAGCCGAGGGCAACCCAAAAAAACGAUCACAUCUGCUGCUUCUUUUUCCCACCCUCUGUGAACUAGUUGUAUCAAGGGAAACUAGAGUGAGAGAGUUGGUACAAGUUUUGCUCAAACUCAUCGCCAAGGAACUCACAUUAUAAAAGGUUAACACAGGCUCUUGAGAACCAUUUUUUUAU